AUGGCUUCUAAUAAAGCCGCAAGAAUGGGUGAAGAAAGUCGUGUCGACAAAGUCAAUGCUGAACUCGUUACUCUUACCUAUGGAACUAUUGUGGCACAGCUCUGCAAAGAUUACGAAAGCGAUUAUGUGGAAGUUAACAAACAACUUGACAAGAUGGGUUAUAACAUCGGGUUACGAUUAAUCGAGGACUACCUUGCCAAGUCAAAUACCAUGAGACGCUGCUCGAACUUCAGGGAGACUGCGGAGAUGAUUGCUAAGGUUGGGUUUAAGAUAUUCUUGAACAUUACCCCCGCAGUUUCGAAUUGGACGAGUGAUAACAAACAAUUUUCCUUGAUAUUUGAGGAGAACCCGUUAGCCGAUUUUGUGGAAUUACCAGAUGAUGGAAGAGCACAAGAUGAGUUGUGGUAUUCGAAUAUCUUCUGCGGGAUUUUGAGGGGCGCCCUGGAAAUGGUGCAAAUGCAGGUGGAGGCUCACUUCAUUAGUGAUAUUCUCAGAGGUCAUGAUUCAACUGAGAUGAGAAUAACUUUAGUGAGAUACAUUGAUGAUGAGAUGCCGAUGGAUGAUGACUAG